AGAGAGAGCUACAGUGCUGCUGAAGUAUCGGCUUAUACCAGGCUUGAAAAGACACUUUAGAGUCUUUGGAAAGGAGGGAAAAUGUUACCUGGAUGCUGAUGGGCGCGUGAGACAGUCAGUGCAGUGCUCACCUGUGAGGGAAGCUCGUCUUUCUCAGAGGAUUAACGUAAUGCUUCAGGAGAGCUGAAGGGGUUCUGCACUUUCACAGAGUAAAGAUGUGGCACCGGGCGUUGGUGGCUGCGGUCUUGCUGUCUCUCCCGAACAGAUCUACAGCUCAAGGCACGUGUAAUAAUGUCGCCGCUGCGGAUAUCGUCUUCCUGGUGGACGGAUCGUCCAGUAUCGGGCGUGCCAACUUUGGUCUUGUAAGGAGUUUCAUGGCAGGGCUGAUCAGACCCUACACGCAAGCAGUGGGAGCAUCUGGCAUCCGGGUCGGAGCGGUGCAGUACAGCGACACGGCGAGGGUGGAGUUCACCUUCACGGCGUAUUUAAGUGGUACGGAGCUGCUGAGUGCCAUCGAGAGCCUCAACUAUAAAGGAGGGAACACUCGCACUGGAGCCGGCCUUAAGUACAUCGCAGAUAACUUCUUCAACCCCAGAACAACCAGGGAUGUGCCCAAGCUUGCUAUUCUUAUCACAGAUGGGAAAUCUCAGGACAACGUUCAGGAUCCUGCUGAGAAACUGCGCAGUUUAGGAGUCAAGAUAUUUGCCGUGGGUAUAAAGAGUGCGGAUCAGAGGGAACUGGAGCUCAUUUCAUCGUCUCCUCAGAGUGAAUUCACUUCCUUCAUUGACAAGUUUAAGGAUCUGAGCUCUUUACUGCCCACACUGUCUCCUCGUGUCUGCUCGGCGUCCGGCGGAUCGUAUUCGAGCGAUGCUGCCUUCAGCGGCCCGGCUGACUUGAAGUUUAUAGAUGAGACCACGAGUUCGAUUCGGUUCAGGUGGACGGCUGCAGGAGGGCCCGUAACCGGCUAUCUGGUCCAGUACAUGCCGUUGUCUGGUCUGGGGCAGCCAGUAAGAGCAGAGAUGCGCGAGGAGACGGUGCCAGCCAGUCAGCAGGCCUACUUGGCACGUGAUCUGCUCUCGGGCACAGACUAUUUGGUGUCGGUUAUCGCCCAGUACCCCAACAGCGUGGGCGAGUCCGUGUCUGCCAAGGCUCGAACGAGGUCUGUGCAGGGUGUGGCCACGCUGCGGUUGGUACAGGCAGGAUUCUUUACUUUAGCUCUGGCAUGGGAUCGUCCAUCUGGCUCUAUACAGGGCUACAGGAUUACAUAUGGACCCAGAGGCGAUCCUGCGUCCUUGCUGCGGGAGCUGACACUCGGGCCGGAGGCCACUUCUGUCACCCUGGACGGUCUAGAGACGGACACUGAAUACGAUGUCAGCCUGUAUACUCUCUUCCCUCGUAACAACGUCGCACCCACUACGCUCACAGCCAGCACACUGCGUCUACAAGGAGUGCAGCAGCUCUCUGUGGCCACAACCUCAAACAGCAGUGUUGCAGUGCGUUGGCAGGGGGUGACUGGCGCCAGGGGGUACCGGCUGGUCUGGGGCCCGUUUGUAGGAAGUGAUAUAGAGACUGUGGAAGUGAGCGGUGACAGUCAGACUCACACCCUGGUGAACCUGCGACCGGACACCGAGUACAUCGUCACAGUCAUCGCCCUGUAUAACGGAGAAACUGAAGGGCCGGCAGCAAACGCACGCUUUAAGAUAGAGCGAGCGGAGCAGCAGGUCUUGCGAGCUGUUACAACAGGAUCCUCCAGCAUUCUGCUGACCUGGAACUUCAUCACCGCAGCCAGGGGCUAUCGUCUGGAGUGGAGGAGAGAGGGAGUGGGCACCAGAGUUAAUAAACAGACCUUCCCACAGAGUACCACAAGAUAUGAGAUAACUGGUCUUCAGCCGAGUACUGAUUACAUCAUAACGCUGUACACGCUGUACGAAGGACGGGAGGAGCCCACAUCAGCGUUGCCUUUGGUCGGUAGAGUUUCCAACCUGCGAGUGGCGGAGACGAUAGGACGCACGGUACGGCUGGCCUGGAACGGGAUCGCCGGGGCAACGAAGUACAACAUCGUUGUCCUCAACAAACAGUCUGGCUUGGAGAUUAAACGUACUGCUUAUGGGAAUCAGACGACAUUUGACCUCCGUGACCUUCUAGGAGGCGUGGCUUACUCUGUGAGUGUGUCUGCCGUGGUGGGCUACAACGAGGGACCUGCAGCAACCCUCAUCAUCACACCAGACUUCGCACCACUUCCGAGCAAGGUGACGAACCUGCGUGUAGUGAACGUCAACAGUCGACGGAUCAGGAUCACAUGGAAUGUGGUUAAUGGGGCUACGGGAUACAGAGUCACCUGGAGACAAGGCGACAAUCCAGAGCAGUUCCAGGAGCUCGGUUCAGGCAUAACUUCCUACGUUAUAGAGCGACUGCAGCCUGAUGAAUCUGUCAUCGUGGGCGUGGCCUCUAUGAUUGGCAGUCAGGUUGGAGAAGUGGUGACUCUCUCCACCAGGACAAACGGUUACAUUGGGACGGUCUCAGGCCUACGAAUUAAUGACAGUGGUGCCACAAGGAUUCGUAUCUCUUGGGAUCCCGUAUCCAGAGCAACGGGUUACAAAAUCACCUGGCAGCGUAAUGAUGGACCGGAAGACUCUCAGGUCGUGUCUGCCGGCGUCACGUCCUACACGGUCAGUGAGUUACAGCAAGGCUCCUCCUACAGGAUAUCUGUCUCUGCUCUGGUUGGCUCUCGUGAGGGACCCGUUGCCUCCCUGACCGCAAGCACAGUUCAAGAGGAGGUCGUGGUCGGACCGGUGACUAAUUUACACCACGAGUCCCGAGGGGAGGUGGUGAGGAUCAGCUGGAUUGGAGUCCAGGGGGCAACAGCGUACAGGGUGAUAUGGAGGAGAUCUGAUGGUGGACAGGAGUCGUCUCAGCUGGUUGGCGGCAAUACAACAUCGCUGGAUCUGAGGCAACUGGAAGGAGGAGCUCAGUACGACGUUCAGGUCAUUGCUCUGGUCCAGAACCGAGAAGGACCUCCGGUCUCUGUCAAGGUUACCACAGGACCCGUGCCUGAGGAACGCCCACAGGGAGUGCGUGUUGAACAGUUAGCUUCAGGAUCACUGCGUAUCGUCUGGAGAGCAGUGAGAGAAGCCGAAGGAUACAGAAUCUACUGGAGCUCCUCACAAGGGGAAACUGAAUCGAGUCGACUGAUCAAUCGGGACGCGACCUCAUACACAUUGGAAGGACUCCGUCCUGGCCUGAGUUACACCAUCCGACUGGCUGCUAUGCUGCGUGGCAGAGAAGGUCAACCUGUCACCAUCAUACAGUCCACUGCUGCACAGCAGUCUGUGACAGACUUUAGGGCGGUCGAUGUUACCCAGGAUUCUGUACAGUUGGCGUGGAACCCGUUACGAGGUGCCACCGGAUACAUACUGCGCUGGCAGGAUGAAAGAGACCCCGGCGGCGUCCAGUCCCUCACUCUGCCUGAUACGACGAGCUCGUUCCGUGUGACGAAUCUGAGACUGGGGCGUCGGUACCGGUUCACCGUGCAGCCCGUCUUCUAUGAUUACCCCGGGCCCGAGGCUGAUGUGGAGGAGCGCACAGUGUGUGUGAACGGGCGAUUAGAUGUGGUGUUCCUGGUCCCAGCCACUCGGGAUCGCACGGCGCUGGAGGAACCUGUUUUAAGCCUGCUUUCUAGCGUCGCUGGAUCUCUCACCUCCAUCGGACCUCAGGACUCACAGAUGGCGGUAGUGGUCUACGGCGCAGAACCCAAAGUGCAGUUCCUCCUCAGUAGGCAUAGCAACAGUGAAACCCUUCAGAGGGACAUUCAAUCCAUCCCAUUUACUGAGAGACCAGGAACUAAUAUAGGUCAGGCCUUGACGUUCACACAGCAGUAUUUUUUGAGCCAGAGAGCCGGUCGAAGGCCUCGCGUACCGGGCGUGGUCGUCAUCAUCGCUGAUAGGAAAUCUGAAGAUGAUAUUCGGCGUGCUGCGGCUGACCUCAGAGAUUCUGGUGUGGUGGUGCUGGCUGUCGGAGUCGGGCGCGUAAACUCGGAGGAGCUGCUGUUGGCGGUUACAAACCGCAGCCCUCAGAAUCUCCUGCAGGCUCGGGACGCAGAUGAUCUCUACAGACUCCACCCUGAACUCGCAGACCUGCUUUGUGGGUUCGCCAGAGGAGCUGUUGAUCCUGGAACAACAGAAGGGUGUACAGUUCAGUGCCCACAGGGUCAGAAAGGAGAACUUGGGCAGAAGGGUGAGAGAGGAAGUGACGGUGUUCCUGGGAGGAAAGGAGAACCUGGUCGUGAUGGCACACCUGGGCGUGAGGGCCCCAGGGGACCCGAGGGACCCACUGGUCCUCCAGGACCGUCAUUAAGAGGAGAAAAGGGAGAAAGUGGUUUUCCAGGACUGCAGGGGAAUCCAGGCAUUCCCGGUCGCUCAGGAACCCCUGGGGUAGCAGGACCUCCUGGUGCGCAGGGGUUACCUGGUGUGAGAGGAGACCCUGGAGAACCUGGAAGUGCUGGUUUAUCUGGACCAAAGGGACAGAAAGGUGAUCGGGGGGAACCUGGAUCUGUCAUCGGAGUCACGCCAGGACGCAAAGGCGAGCCGGGUCUGCCCGGGCUACACGGUACACCAGGAAGACCAGGUGUAGACGGGGCAAAGGGCGAGGGAGGGGUCCCGGGACUCUCGGGUAGCGAUGGCCGUCCUGGACCUCCUGGACCACCUGGGAUCUCGAUAAAGGGUGAGAAAGGAAGUCGUGGGGAACCAGGCAGUCCCGGAGGGGGCAACGGGGUAGCGGUUAGAGGAGAGAAAGGUGAACCGGGACGUCUAGGACCUGUGGGACCUCAGGGCUCGACCGGGUUAACAGGACAGAAGGGAGCCAAAGGAGAUCCUGGAGAGGGUAUAAAGGGCAGUCCAGGAGUCCCAGGGUUGCAAGGAGAGCCGGGUGAUCGGGGUCCGAGAGGUCCUCCUGGUGAAAUCGGAAGCAAGGGAGAUCGCGGGCAGGCCGGAGAGCCCGGGCCACAGGGUGACCGGGGUGAGAGAGGACCACCUGGCCUAGCAGGGGAUAAAGGUGAUAUGGGUAGACCAGGACUCCAAGGAGCCCAAGGACUCAGGGGUUUGCCAGGUAUCAAUGGACUUCCAGGGGAGAAGGGAGCUGAAGGAGCCAAAGGCGAACCGGGUGGUGGCUCAGGUUCAUUUGGAAGGAAAGGAGACAAGGGUCAGGAAGGAGCUCGAGGUUCUGAUGGUCUUCCAGGUGAAAAGGGUGAGGCAGGACAGAAAGGAGAAAAGGGUUCACCUGGAAUAGGACUUCCUGGUCUGCUUGGACCUAAAGGGGAGCAAGGUGAUCGGGGUCUUGCUGGACUCGCUGGAAGACCUGGCGCGAAGGGAAACCAGGGUGACCCAGGAGAAAGAGGAGAGGCGGGAAACCCGGGGCCUUCAGGUCCGGCUGGACCCAAAGGGAAAGAUGGUCUAAAAGGUGACAGAGGAGAAGAUGGCAUUCCGGGGGAGGCUGGCUUGUCUGGUAAGCCUGGAGAACGGGGACUGAGGGGUGCUCCUGGACAGCCUGGUCAACCAGGAGAAAAGGGAGACAUGGGUGAUCCUGGAGAGCAUGGACGGAAUGGUUCUCCAGGGCCUCUGGGACCACGGGGACAAAAGGGAGAUCAGGGAAUCCAAGGUCCCCCAGGGCCCCCCGGAGAUGCGGCAGAAGGGCAGGUUCAUCUGAAGGGCGAUAAAGGAGACAAGGGUGAAGCCGGUGACCCUGGGGAACAUGGGAGUAAAGGUCAACACGGAGAAGCAGGAACACCGGGCGCUCCAGGGUUACGGGGACCUGAGGGUCAACGUGGACUAGUAGGAGCCAGAGGAGAUCCAGGAGAGAGAGGAAGUCCAGGAGAGAAGGGAGAAAGAGGAGCUGCUGGACUGGAUGGACGUUCCGGUCAGGAUGGAAAACCCGGGCCACCUGGACCCCCUGGCUUACGGGGUGAUCCUGGGAAAACAGGGGAGCCUGGCAGAGAUGGCUUAGCAGGACUCCGAGGACCUCAGGGUCCCCCAGGCGCUGUAGGGCCCCCAGGAGCUGCUGGCACACCUGGCAAACCAGGAGAUGAUGGAAAACCUGGAUCUCCAGGAAAAUCUGGUGAGGACGGCGUCCCUGGUGAGGAUGGCAGAAAGGGUGAAAAAGGAGAAUCAGGACCGCCGGGAAGAAAUGGACAAGAUGGACUGAAAGGAGAUCGGGGCUCUGUAGGACCCAGUGGUCCAGUCGGUCCUCCCGGAUCACCAGGGGUUCCGGGGAAUAUCGGACCUCCAGGACAGGUGAUAUAUGUAAAAGGGGCUGACCUAUCGGCUAUCCCAGGACCACGAGGACCUCCAGGAGCUCCUGGAGAAACUGGGAUUCAAGGAAAUACAGGACCUAGGGGUGAGAGAGGACUACCAGGAAUGAAAGGAGAUCAGGGAGAUCCAGGAGAGGAUGGCUCACCGGGUAAACCGGGGGCUUCAGUGGAUGUGAAAAGAGCGCUGUCUGAUUUUGGCAUUGAGGUCAGAGACCUGCAGCUGGUGUUAGAAAAGAAAGAUGUCCUGCUGAGGGAAAUCGUAGAACGAACAGAUAAAGGACCAAAAGGGGAUAAAGGAGAUUCGGGAGCUCCAGGCCCUGCUGGGGCAGAUGGUACUCGAGGGUUUCCAGGGGAGCGAGGACAAAAAGGUGAUCAAGGUGAAAAGGGGUCUCCUGGGCCACAGGGUCCUACAGGCAGAGCUAUCGGAGAGAGAGGCCCUGAGGGCCCUCCAGGACAGGCAGGAGAGCCUGGCAAACCUGGCAUACCUGGAGUACCAGGACGAGCUGGAGAACUAGGGGAGAUUGGCAAACCUGGCGAAAAGGGUGAGAGAGGUGAGAAAGGAGAUAGAGGAGAGGCGGGUAAACCUGGGGUUAAUGGAGUGGCAGGACCGGCAGGACCGAAGGGCGACUCGAUAGUUCAGUCUGUUCCUGGUCCACGGGGUCUGCCAGGCCCUCAGGGUGUUAAAGGAGAGGAUGGUGCUCAAGGACCCCCUGGAUCUAAAGGAGAGCGGGGAGUUGCAGGUUUCCGUGGAGAGAAAGGUGAUAGAGGAGAAGUCGGAGAAAAGGGCAGAGAUGGUCUCCCUGGUUUAGCUGGAGAACCUGGAAAACCCGGACAGGAUGGAAAGCCGGGCUUGCCUGGGUUCCCAGGAGUGUUGGGCAGACCGGGAAACCCUGGAGAGACAGGAAUUCGAGGACCACCUGGACCGAUGGGUCCGAACGGACCUCCGGGACCAAUGGGUGUGAAGGGUGACCAAGGAGAGGCAGGGAUAGGGGUUCAAGGACCUCCAGGACCACAGGGCAUCCGAGGGUUGUCUGGACUUACAGGCACACCAGGAGCCAUUGGGCCACAAGGACCUCCAGGACUCCCAGGACAAACGGGAGAAGGAGGAAAACCUGGGGUUCCCGGAAGAGAUGGAAUACCUGGAAAGGAAGGAACACCUGGCUUACCGGGAAAACAGGGCAUCGCGGGACCAGCAGGACCCCCAGGGACAAAAGGCGAGCAAGGGGACAGCGGACCACCUGGAAAAUCGGUUGCUGGACCCCCUGGAGUGAAGGGUGAGCCGGGUCCUUCGGGUGAAACUCUGCCUGGUGUAGCAGGGGAGAGAGGCUUACCCGGAUUGCAGGGGAUUAAAGGAGAUAGAGGACCAGCUGGAAUCAAAGGUGAAAGGGGUGCAUCUGGUGACCCGGGAGAGGCAGGUGAAAAUGGACAAAGAGGACCACCCGGGCCGAAAGGAGCUAAAGGUGAAGCAGGUGUUGGAAUGGUUGGUCCUCCAGGACAGCCUGGACCAGCAGGCUUAAAGGGUGAUACUGGUCUCCCAGGCCCUCCAGGCCCACCUGGACCUCAAGGUACAUCAGGAACACCAGGACUCGCUGGUCAAAGAGGGGAAGCGGGUCAACCGGGAAAUCCAGGACCUCCAGGAGACAGGGGGCUGCAAGGCUUCAUAGGCAAAGCAGGAAACCCAGGAACGCCUGGUAAUGCUGGACCACCUGGACCACCAGGUACUGCAGGAACCCCUGGGGUUAAAGGAGAUAAAGGUGAGGUUGCUGUAGGAGUACCAGGACAGAGAGGAGAGAGAGGCGAUCCUGGACCUCGGGGAGAAGAAGGACGACCUGGAGCAGAUGGAGAGAGAGGUCCUCCGGGUUUUCCUGGUGGCAAAGGAGGCAGAGGAGAAAAGGGGGAAUCAGGACCUCAAGGAGAGAAAGGAGAGAAGGGAGAAACUCUGUUGGUUGGUGGGCCUCCUGGAGAGAAAGGAAAUAAGGGCGAAACGGGAGAUCGAGGAGCUAAAGGACUACAAGGUGAAAAGGGCGUUAAAGGUCAAGAAGGGCCACCGGGGGUACAGGGUCUGCGUGGAGAGGCUGGAGAGAGGGGCGCGGCUGGGUUCCAGGGGGCUCGUGGUCCAGGAGGACAGAAGGGAGAGCCCGGACUGCCAGGAGUUCCAGGAGAAGCUGGUACACCGGGGAAAGAUGGCUUCCCUGGCAUGAGAGGAGAGAAGGGAGAGAUCGGAAUCAUCGGCAUGCGAGGACCAAAGGGAGACCGAGGAGCCAAGGGGGCGUGUGGACCAGAGGGACAGAAAGGAGAAAGAGGCGACGCCGGGAUGAACGGCCGAUCAGGUUUACCUGGAAGAAAAGGAGAGUCGGGUGAUGUGGGAUCUCCAGGCGCCACCGGAGUUCCGGGGAAGGAGGGGCUCGUCGGACCCAAAGGUGACCGAGGUUUUGAUGGCCUAAUGGGACCAAAAGGAGAACAAGGAGAAAAAGGUGAACGGGGUCCCCCUGGCAUUCCUGGCCCACCAGGUCCUCGAGGUGUAGAUGGGCCUGCUGGACUGACGGGUCCUCAAGGACCUGCUGGAGUUAAAGGUCCUGAAGGACUGCAGGGACAGAAGGGUGAGCGAGGUCCUUCAGGCCCUGCUUUGGCUGGCCCUCGUGGUAUCCCAGGAAUCCCAGGAGAGAGAGGAGUACAGGGAGAAAUCGGUCUCGAUGGAGCGAAAGGAGAGAGGGGAGAGCCGGGCAUGACGGAGGAAGAGAUUCGAACUUAUGUUCGAUCUGAGAUGAGCCAGCACUGUGCCUGUGGAGGUAAGUGA